GGUCAUUUAGAGCAAGAUGGCCGCGUCCAAGGGAGCAGUAGUGUUAAAGACGGUUAAGAAAAUUGCUGUACAGUUUUGCCCCUUUGAAUCUAAUGUCCGUUCAACAAGAGAUUUUCUCGUCAUGGUCGGGUCUGAAAAGGCCAGAUCCACAAAUUUAAACUGUGAAGUUAUAACAGAAGUAAAGCAUGACCGGUCAGAGCCUAUGAUUGACAUCACAUUCAUGGAUGGAGAGAGGCUGGUGAUGAAAGGAUCCAAACUAACCACUCAAGAAAUGCUCUCAGCACUACAGACCCGUUGCAUUGCUAAAGAUCCUCAGGCUAAAGCAGCGGACAAGAAAUAGCCUAUUCUUAGUGUGUUUCUUUUGUGUAUUUAUGGAUGUAAACAAUACAAUUUGUAUAUCAUGUCUUUAUGAUUUUCAGUCACUUUUGUCCUUUAGUUUUUGUGGGACUCCUAAAGAAUAAACUAACUAGGCCUCAAUGUUAUCACAAGGAGAACAGGUGCUGGAUAGACCCUACUUAUGCACUGUCCCUGCUCCUUUUAAGUGAAAAAUGCUUAUAUGAACAUGUGAAUCUGAUUAGACCGAACAAAACCUAAAACAUGUGAAAGGGUCAUUCUUGCAUCACAUCCAGGUAAAUCAUAACAUUUGAUGCUGAAAUAUUUAGUGGAGGUUGCUAAGGCAAGCAUUUCUAUAUUAAUUCUUAGAGUUAGGGUUUUUAAAAAAAUCUAGAGAGCAGAAUAUAUAUCAGGCUCUUUUGACUUGGGCCAGUAAGUAAUCACUUAGCAACCACUUAGAAGACCUUAGAAAUACCCUAACCAACCGAACGUUGUGGCGGCAAGUUUUGCACAGACGAGCAGAACACAUGUUCCUAUAACAAUUAAGAAAUAUAAAUAUAGUUGUGCAUUAUUAUUAUUAUUAUUAUUAUGGUUCCUGUAGCUCAACUGGUAGAGCAUGGCACUAGCAACACCAAGGUCAUGGGUUUGAUUUCCUGGCAACGCCAAUGCGAUAAAAAAAUAAAUGUCUACCUUGAAUGCACUGUAAGUCAUUUGGAUAAAAGCAACUGCCAAAUGCAUAAAUGUAAUUUGUUAUUAUGAUUAUUAUUUUCAUUAUCACACAUUUAUUAACUAAUUUUAUUGUAUAGACCAUUUCAAGGACUAUUCGCCGGUUUAAGGAAGUGACAACUUUGUCCCUUGAACAUUUCCCACUAGAUGACAAUUUCAGACAAAUUUACAGUGUGAGGCACAUCAUUCAUAGUGAUUUUAACACAAUUGUAAUAAAAUACCAUUAAAAUGUAGACCAUGUUGUUCAGUGGCUGGAUGCCUCGAACUAAUGGAAAUUUAAGUGUAUAGAUCUCUGUAAAAGCAACUGCAAAUGGACGCAUGAACCGCUGCAGUGAAGCAAGACAGCUGUAUACGUGUAGUACUAACACCUGAAAAAGUCACUUCAGGUUCACGUUUGAUGCUCUUUGAGAAAAUAUGUUAACUCGGAGCCUUAUUUAAAGGAUCCAGUAAUGAUACCGGAAAUGCUCCCAGGCCAGUAGUGUUGUAAUUCCUAUGUUAUGGUUUACAUCCUUGAAAUGUUCUAUAUGUGCUGAUAUGAGAAUUGUUAUGUUCAUGUUCAUGGCUAAAAGUACGUUAUUACUCAUUUACUAACUCAUUUUAUUGUAUAUGAACUAAGAUGAGUUAUUUCACGGCUAAAAGUUUGUAAGUGCAUCUCUGGAACCUGCUUUUUUUUUUAAAAGACAAGAAGGGGCAAGUCCAAAUACAUUUGAGUGGUAAUCAAUAUUAUGCCACAAAUGCUGUUGUUUGACCUUAACUUGUAUUUAACCUGGAAUAUUCCUUUAAGCUGGAUUCCCCGAGAGUUCAUAUGAGAGUUGUAUUGUUAAUAUUCAUGACUAAAAGUACGUCAUAACACA